GGCAGCAUCGGCAGCAGCCCCGGGCGGCCUCGGGCGGGGCCGGCCCGACGGACAGAAGGACAGAGGGCGCCGGGGGCACGCGGCCCGCCCGGGCUGGCCAUGGAGGGAGCCUCGUUCGGCGCGGGACGCGCAGGGGCCGCCCUGGACCCUGUGAGCUUCGCGCGGCGGCCCCAGACCCUGCUGCGGAUCGCGUCCUGGGUGUUCUCCAUCGCCGUCUUCGGGCCCAUAGUCAACGAGGGCUACGUGAACGCCGACAGCGACCCGGAGCUGCGCUGCGUCUUCAACGGCAACGCGGGUGCCUGCCGCUUUGGCGUCGCGCUCGGCCUUGGGGCCUUCCUCGCCUGCGCCGCGUUCCUGCUGCUCGACGUGCACUUCCAGCAGAUCAGCAGCGUCCGCGACCGUCGCCGCGCCGUGCUGCUCGACCUGGGCUUCUCAGGGCUCUGGUGCUUCCUGUGGUUCGUGGGGUUUUGUUUCCUCACCAACCAGUGGCAGCGCACGGCGCCCGGGCCGGGCACGACGCAGGCGGGAGACGCGGCGCGGGCCGCCAUCGCCUUCAGCUUCUUCUCCAUCCUCAGCUGGGCGGCGCUUACCGUGAAGGCCCUGCAGCGGUUCCGUCUGGGCACCGACAUGUCGCUCUUUGCCACCGAACAGCUGGGUGCUGGGGCGGGCCAGACCUACCCAGGCUACCCAGUGGGCAGCGGUGUGGAGGGCACCGAGACCUACCAGAGCCCGCCCUUCACCGAGACUCUGGACACCAGCCCCAAAGGGUACCAGGUUCCUGCCUACUAGUGGCCAGCAGGCCCAGACCAAGGCACAAAGGCUGCCCCACCAAUGCAGGAUCCAAGGCUUCCUGGGACCUCCCUCAGGUCCCCCUGGCCCAACAGCAACGUGUGGAUGCUGUGGGCCAUCUGGGGCCAAGAGAGGGUAGCCUCCAGGGUGCCUGGGCUGUGCCCCCCAAGUUCCUCCGGUCCCUUUAGUCCCCAGCCCAGGGCCAGAGGUCCUGAGGAGAGAACAGCACAGCCGUGGGCACGUGUCCUUCAGCCUCUAGUGGACCAGCCUAGGCAGCGGGCCAUUCCCCUCAUGAGCCAGCCAGGCAGGGCUCACCUGUACACUCUGGGGUCAGGUGUCCAGCUGCCCUCCAUAGCCAGGUGCAGGGGCUGCCCUGGACUGGGGGUGACUGGGGGAAGGGACACCACCCUCACCCCGUGGCCAGUGUUCCCCAUCCCCUGUCCCUGUGGGUAGUGGUGGUCCUUGCUCUGUCCCGGUGGUUCACCCUGUAGGGCCACGUGCUCUGUCUGGAGCCUCCCUCCAUUUCCUCUCACAGGCUCACUAGAGUAGCCCAGCCCUGUGGAUGUUGUGAUUGUGGUCAAGUCUUCAGGUUUCACCUCGUAGUUCCCCACAAGCAGCCCCUCUUUUCUGUGGCCCCAGCUCCAGGCCUUACCUGCCUUGGCCCAGGCCCUUGCUGGGGUGCGGGCAGCUCUGGCCAGGAAAGCACAACAUGGCUGUAGACCUGGGCAUCAGCCCUCUCCCAGCCCUUCAGUGAGACCUUGCCCAAGGGAGGCUCCAGACACCUGGGUGCCCAGCAGGACACGCCCCUCACGAGGAGAGAGGCCUAGAGGCUUCACCUUCCCACCGUGCCCUGGAGACAGCCAUUCCCCGCAAACCCCUUUACCUCGGCUCCCUGGACUAGUCCCUCAGCUCCCCACGCUGCACCCCAUUUUAAGGCCCAGCCCAAGGUUGGGGGUCCCUUUGCAUAGCUGAGUACUCAUGCAUUGCUCAAAGCUGGCUUUUCACAUUAAGUCAAUACCAAAUGCGGUUGCCACAUUACAUUUUUACAGACAGACACCUCCCUCUGGAGUUGCAGUUGAGUGACAACCCUGUACAUUGUAGCAUAGACCAAUUAUUUGUGGAUAUUUAAGUGAACAUGUUUACAAUUUUUGUAUAUAUGGGUCUCUCCCUCCCUCUUCUGAAAGAA